UUCAUGUGACACACUGCCUUUCACAGAGCAUUGCAAAACACAUGUGCUACAAAACAAACUCCGCGUGAAGUGUACAUUAAUUUUCGUUUUUUUUUCUUUAGAUUUAGCUUGAAACAGAAUGCAAAUGAAAAUGGAUAAAAAACUGUUGCAAAAGUUUGACAAGCAGCAAGUUCGUCGAAUACUGGAAUUUGAAAAUGAAUUCAUUUCAACAUUAUUCGACAGCUUCGAAGUGCCAGAUUCUAUUGAAGAUAAAACAAUCGAUGAUCAAUACCUAUUGAAAACGAUGGAAAAAGUUGGUAAACUCAAACCGAAUGCACGCAAAUCAAAGAAAUCAACGGAAGAUGGUCAGUCGUCGGUGGACCUAGAACAGCGUUUAGAAAUCAUUCGUAAUAAAAUGCAAAGUAAAAAGACCAAACCAUCGGCCCGAGCCAUCGAAAAGAAGAGGCAAAAGAAGCUAAAGAAAUCGAAGGAACUGAAGAAAAAAUUGAUCAGCGUGGCGAAAUCCAUUAAAAAUGAAAAAAUCAAAGAGGGAAAGAGUGCAAACACCUCAUUUGCUGAGGCGGACAGCAACGGAGUUGAUGUGAAGCCAGACAUCAAACCGGACAUCAAACCAGCUAAAGUGUUUAAUGAAGAGGGAAAAAUGGUGUUUUCAAAGUUUGAGUUUGCAGCACAGGCCAGCAGAGCCAAGAAAACGAAGAAAGAUAAAACAAUCAAAGAUCCGAAGCUACUGUUGAAGAAACUGAAAAAGGAGAAGGAACAAAUCAAUGAGUUGGUGUUACAAGGUGAGGUGGAUAAGGCUGAGGAAUUGAAGAAAAGCAUUGCCUGGCAGAAGGCAUUUGACAAAACCGAAGGAAAAAAGGUGAAAGACAAUGUCAGCCUGCUGCACAAGACACUCCACCGAAAGAAAGUGGACAAAAAGAAGUCGAAAGAACAGUGGAAGGAACGUGAAAAGAAACUGGAAGAGAAGAAAGAAGGCAAGGCGAAGAAACGUGAAGAGAAUAUCAACAAAAAGAAAGACGAAAAGAAGAAGCACAAGUUGAAAAAGGCGGCCAAACGUGGACGCAUCAUAGCUGGUUACUAGAGGAAAAUAAACUUUUUGUUGUUUUACAAUCAAAAUUUAAACUAAUUUCUACAAUACGUUCGAAUGAAAUAUCGCAUUUAUUAAUUUUGUACAUGCUGUCAAUGGGAGCACAGACACACACCAAAGUGUCGCCAGUUCGCAUGACUGAAUUCAAUAAAUUUUAUAUUUUAAUUACACAA